AUGGUGAAGAGGAAAAGCUCCGAGGGCCCGGAGCAGGAGGGCGGCCGCGGCGUCCCUCUGCCCAUCCAGACCUUCCUGUGGCGGCAAACCAGUGCAUUUUUGAGGCCCAAACUUGGAAAACAGUAUGAAGCUUCCUGCGUGUCUUUCGAACGAGUUUUAGUAGAGAACAAGCUGCAUGGUCUUUCUCCAGCCCUCUCUGAAGCCAUCCAGAGCAUUUCUCGUUGGGAACUGGUUCAAGCUGCCCUACCACAUGUACUCCAUUGCACAGCGACCUUGCUUUCUAACCGAAACAAGCUAGGACAUCAGGACAAGCUUGGAGUAGCGGAGACUAAGCUUCUUCACACCCUCCAUUGGAUGCUACUGGAGGCUCCUCAAGACUGCAGCAAUGAUCGAUUUGGAGGAGAGAGAGGCUCCAGCUGGGGAGGGAGCAGUAGCGCCUUUAUUCAUCAGGUUGAAAACCAGGGAUCUCCAGGACACCCUCGGCGUGGCAGCACUAAUGAAGAGGAAGAGACUAACCGAAGGAAGUUCUUUCAGAAUUCCAUGGCAACAGUGGAGCUCUUUGUGUUCCUGUUUGCUCCUCUGGUCCACAGGAUUAAAGAGUCUGACCUGACUUUUCGGCUGGCCAGUGGCCUUGUUAUUUGGCAACCCAUGUGGGAGCACAGGCAGCCUGAGGUUUCUGCCUUCACCGCUCUGGUAAAGCCAAUCAGGAACAUUAUUACAGCCAAGAGAAGUUCUCCUACUAGCAACCAGAGCCUGUCUUGUGAAUCCCCUAAUCUGGACACUGGACACACAGAGGGACUUCAGGUGGUGUGUGAAACAGCCCAGCCAGAUGCUGUGCCUCCCAGGGCCACUGUUUCAGGCUGUCAUCGGGGAAACUCCUUUGAUGGAAGUGUGUCAUCCCAAACAUCCCAAGACAGAGGACCUCCUCUUUCCAGGGUAUCGUUGGUGAUCCCGCCAUGCCAAAAGUCUCGCUAUGCCACCUAUUUUGAUGUGGCAGUACUGCGCUGCCUGCUGCAGGCACACUGGUCUGAGGAGGGUACACAGUGGUCUCUGAUGUAUUAUCUACAAAGACUGAGACAUAUGCUGGAGGAGAAGCCAGAGAAGCAACCUGAGCCGGAGACCAUGCACCUGCCCAGGCCCCGUAGCAGUUCCAUGGUAGCAGCAGCACCCUCUCUGGUGAACACCCACAAAACUCAGGAUCUCACAAUGAAGUGCAAUGAGGAGGAAAAAUCGCUAAGCACUGAGGCCUUUGCUAAGGUGUCACUCACCAACCUGCGCAGGCUAGCCGUGCCAGAUCUCUCCACAGACCUGGGAAUGAACAUCUUUAAGAAGUUUAAGAGUCGCAAAGAGGAUCGAGAGCGUGAGCGCAAGGGUUCUAUUCCUUUCCACCACACUGGAAAAAAACGGCAGCGAAGGAUGGGGGUGCCCUUCCUGCUCCACGAGGAUCAUUUGGAUGUGUCACCCACUCGCAGCACAUUCUCCUUUGGCAGCUUUUCUGGGAUUGGAGAGGACCGGCGCAGCAUUGAGAGAGGAGGAUGGCAAACUGCCAUACUAGGGAAGUUCACCAGGCGGGGGAGCUCUGACACUGCUACGGAGAUGGAGAGCCUGAGUGCUAGACAUUCUCACUCUCAUCACACCCUGGUCACUGACUUGCCUGACCACUCAAACAGCCACGGAGAGAAUACAGUCAAAGAAGUGCGAUCCCAGAUUUCUACCAUCACUGUGGCCACCUUCAACACCACCCUGGCCUCAUUCAACGUGGGCUACGCGGACUUCUUCAGCGAGCACAUGCGGAAGCUGUGCAACCAGGUGCCCAUUCCAGAGAUGCCCCAUGAGCCGCUGGCCUGCGCCAAUCUCCCACGGAGUUUGACUGACUCCUGCAUCAAUUACAGCUGCCUGGAGGACACGGAUCACAUUGACGGCACCAACAACUUUGUCCACAAGAACGGCAUGCUGGAUCUUUCGGUGGUUCUGAAGGCCGUUUACUUGGUCCUGAACCACGACAUCAGCUCCCGGAUCUGUGAUGUGGCGUUGAACAUCGUUGAGUGCCUGCUGCAGCUUGGCGUGGUGCCGUGCGUGGAGAAAGUCAGAAGGAAGAGUGAGAACAAGGAAAAUGAGUCAGCGGAAAAGAGACCGAGUGAGGGAUCCUUCCAGCUCAAGGGGGCUGCUUCGGGCGGCCCAGCCUGUGGAUUCGGGGCCGCCCCAGUCAGUGGAACUGGAGAUGGGGGAGGCGAAGAAGGUGGAGGGGGAGGAAGUGGUGGAGGAGGAGGUGGCGGAGCUGAUGGAGGUGGCGGAGGAGGAGGUGGAGGACCUUAUGAAAAGAAUGAUAAAAAUCAAGAAAAGGAUGAAAGCACUCCCAUAAGCACCCACAGGCUGGCAUUGACGAUGCUGAUCAAAAUAGUGAAAUCCCUGGGCUGUGCUUAUGGCUGCGGAGAAGGACACCGAGGGCUCUCUGGAGAUCGUCUGAGACACCAGGUAUUCCAGGAGAAUGCUCAGAAUUGCCUUACAAAGCUGUACAAGCUGGAUAAAAUGCAGUUCCGGCAGACCAUGAGGGACUAUGUGAACAGAGAUUCCCUCAAUAAUGUAGUGGAUUUCCUUCACGCUUUGCUAGGAUUCUGCAUGGAGCCAGUCACUGACAACAAGGCUGGAUUUGGAAAUAACUUCACCACAGUGGACAACAAGUCUACGGCCCAAAGUGUGGAAGGUAUUAUUGUCAGCGCCAUGUUCAAGUCACUGAUCACUCGCUGUGCUUCCACUACGCAUGAACUGCAUAGCCCUGAAAACCUGGGAUUGUACUGUGAUAUCCGGCAAUUGGUCCAAUUUAUCAAGGAGGCUCAUGGGAAUGUUUUUAGAAGGGUGGCACUGAGCGCCCUUUUGGACAGUGCUGAAAAGUUAAUUCCAGGGAAGAAAACAGACGAAACAACUGAGCAGGAUCUGAAACCUCCGGGGAGCAAAAAAUCCGAGGUGGGAAGUGUUGUUAUUGAUAAAGGCCAGGCAUCAUCUGCCCCUGAUGAAUGUCGUAGUUACAUCUCCAGCCGUCCUCAGCAGACCCCAGAGCACGAUGAGCAAAUGCAAGGGGCGGUUCUGGGACGCAAAGACUUCUGGCGAAAGAUGUUCAAGUCACAGAGUGCAGCAAGUGAUACCAGCAGCCAGUCAGAGCAGGACACAUCGGAGUGCACCACUGCUCACUCUGGAACGACCACCGACAGGCGCUCCCGCUCCCGCUCCCGACGGAUCUCGCUCCGAAAGAAACUCAAACUCCCCAUAGGGAACUGGCUGAAACGCUCUUCCCUCUCUGGGCUGGCCGACGGGGUAGAAGACCUCCUGGAUAUCAGCUCUGUAGACCGUCUGUCUUUCAUCAGGCAAAGUUCCAAGGUGAAAUUCACUAGUGCAGUGAAGCUGUCCGAAGGUGGACCAGGAGGUGGCCUGGAGAAUGGGCGAGAUGAAGAGGAGAAUUUCUUCAAGCGUCUUGGUUGCCACAGUUUUGAUGAUCACUUGGCCUCCAACCAGGAAGGUGGGAAAUCCAGGAACGUAGUGAACCUGGGAGCAAUCAGACAAGGCAUGAAACGCUUUCAGUUUCUCUUAAACUGCUGUGAGCCAGGCACUAUCCCCGAUGCCUCCAUCCUGGCAGCUGCCCUCGAUCUUGAAGCUCCCGUAGUGGCGAGAGCAGCCCUGUUUCUCGAAUGUGCUCGCUUCGUUCACCGCUGCAAUCGCGGCAACUGGCCAGAGUGGAUGAAGGGGCACCAUGUGAACAUCACUAAGAAAGGCCUAUCCCGUGGACGUUCUCCGAUAGUGGGGAACAAACGGAACCAGAAGUUGCAAUGGAACGCAGCCAAACUCUUCUACCAGUGGGGAGAUGCAAUUGGCAUCCGACUCAACGAGCUGUGCCACAGUGAGAGUGAGAGCCCAGCCAACCUGCUGGGCCUCAUUUAUGAUGAGGAGGCCAAGCGGAGACUGAGAAAGGAGGAUGAGGAGGAAGACUUUUUAGAUGACAGCACUGUGAACCCUACCAAAUGUUGUUGCCCUUUUGCCCUGAAGAUGGCAGCAUGCCAGCUUCUCUUGGAGAUCACCACCUUCCUUCGAGAGACCUUUCCCUACAUGCCCAGGCCACGUACUGAGCCUCUCGUGGACCUGGAGAGCUGCAGGUUGCGUCUGGACCCUGAGCUGGACAGGCACAGGUAUGAGAGGAAGAUCAGCUUUGCUGGGAUUCUGGAUGAAAAUGAAGAUUCAAAAGACUCCCUGCACAGCAGCAGCCACACGCUUAAAUCUGACACUGGCUGCGAAGAGAAGAAAGUUCCCAGCAGGAAGAUCAGGAUAGGAGGCUCCCGCUUGCUCCAGAUUAAAGGAACCCGCAGUUUCCGGGUGAAGAAGGGGGGUUCCCUGUCCAGCAUUCGCCGGGCCGGCAGCCUAAAGAGCACCAAGUUAUCACGGCAGGACUCAGAGUCUGAGAAUGAGGAGCUGCAGCUGUCCCACAGCAGGGACACUGUCACUGACAUAGAAGGGAGCCCUUGGAGUGCAAGUGAGCCCAGCAUUGAGCCUGAAGUGCUGAGUAACACAGGCACAGAGGAGAAUUACCAUCGGAACAUGUCGUGGCUUCAUGUCAUGAUCCUGCUGUGCAACCAGCAGAGUUUCAUAUGUACCCACAUUGAUUACUGCCACCCGCACUGCUACCUCCACCACAGCCGCUCUUGUGCUCGCCUGGUCCGAGCCAUCAAACUGCUGUACGGCGACACCGUGGACUCGCUCCGGGAAAACAAUGUGCUGAACAAUGUGGCAAGAGGCAAAAAGCAGAAGGAGUGCUCGGACAAAUCAUGCCUGAGAACUCCAUCUCUGAAGAAGAGAGUAAUGGAUAUCAACUUGGAAGGAAAGAAGGACUCUGGAAUGUUGAAAUACAUCAGACACCAGGUAAUGAGCCUGUCCCCAGCGCCUUUGUCACUGUUAAUCAAGGCAGCUCCUAUCCUCACAGAGGAGAUGUAUGGGGACAUACAGCCCGCAGCAUGGGAGCUGCUGCUCAGCGUGGAUGAGCACAUGGCUGGAGCAGCAGCUGCCAUGUUCCUGCUGUGUGCUGUGAAAGUGCCCGAGGCUGUUUCUGAUAUGCUGAUGUCCGAAUUUCAUCACCCUGAGACAGUGCAAAGACUGAACGCUGUUCUCAAAUUCCAUACCCUCUGGAGAUUUCGGUAUCAAGUCUGGCCUCGGAUGGAGGAGGGCGCUCAGCAGAUCUUUAAGAUUCCUCCUCCAAGUAUAAACUUCACCCUGCCCUCUCCAGUACUGGGAAUGCCCUCUGUGCCAAUGUUUGACCCCCCGUGGGUUCCACAGUGCAGUGGGAGUGUGCAGGACCCAAUUAAUGAGGACCAGUCUAAGUCAUUUUCAGCCCGGGCAGUGUCACGUUCCCAUCAGCGAGCAGAGCACAUCCUGAAGAACCUGCAGCAGGAGGAAGAAAAGAAGCGCCUAGGCCGGGAAGCCAGUCUUAUCACGGCCAUUCCCAUCACCCAGGAGGCCUGCUAUGAGCCCACCUGCACCCCAAACUCAGAGCAAGAAGAGGAAGUAGAAGAAGUCACCAACUUGGCAUCCCGCCGUCUCUCUGUGAGUCCCUCCUGCACCUCCAGUACUUCUCACAGGAACUAUUCCUUCCGUCGUGGCUCUGUCUGGUCAGUGCGUUCAGCCAUCAGUGCAGAAGAUGAGGAGCACACUACCGAGCACACUCCAAACCACCAUGUGCCACAGCCCCCGCAGGCAGUGUUCCCAGCAUGCAUCUGUGCAGCUGUGCUCCCCAUUGUUCACUUGAUGGAAGAUGGAGAAGUCCGAGAGGAUGGAGUAGCAGUGAGUGCUGUGGCCCAGCAGGUCUUAUGGAACUGUUUGAUUGAAGAUCCCUCUACAGUUCUACGGCAUUUCCUGGAGAAACUCACAAUAAGCAACCGACAGGAUGAGUUGAUGUACAUGCUGAGGAAGCUCCUACUGAACAUUGGAGACUUCCCUGCCCAGACGUCUCACAUCCUGUUUAACUACUUGGUGGGAUUGAUCAUGUACUUUGUGCGUACUCCAUGUGAAUGGGGCAUGGACGCCAUUUCAGCUACCCUGACCUUCCUGUGGGAAGUGGUGGGUUAUGUAGAGGGCCUUUUCUUCAAGGAUCUCAAACAGACUAUGAAGAAGGAGCAGUGUGAAGUAAAACUGCUGGUGACUGCCUCAAUGCCAGGCACAAAGACCCUGGUAGUGCAUGGACAGAACGAGUGUGACAUCCCAACCCAGUUACCAGUGCAUGAGGACACGCAAUUUGAAGCUCUUCUGAAGGAGUGCUUGGAGUUUUUUAACAUACCUGAAACCCAGUCUGCUCAUUAUUUUUUAAUGGAUAAACGAUGGAACCUUAUUCAUUACAACAAGACUUACGUCCGGGAUAUUUAUCCUUUCCGGAGGUCAGUGUCUCCACAGCUCAACCUGGUACACAUGCAUCCAGAAAAGGGUCAGGAACUCAUUCAGAAACAGGUGUUCACCCGCAAGCUGGAGGAGGUAGGACGGGUGCUGUUCCUCAUAUCACUGACCCAGAAAAUCCCUGUGGCCCACAAACAAUCCCAUGUGUCUAUGCUCCAAGAGGACCUUCUCCGCCUGCCUUCCUUCCCUCGGAGUGCCAUUGAUGCAGAAUUCUCCCUCUUCAGUGAUCCUCAAGCUGGGAAGGAACUCUUUGGCCUUGAUACCCUUCAGAAAAGCCUGUGGAUUAAGCUCCUGGAGGAGAUGUUCCUGGGCAUGCCCAGUGAAUUUCCCUGGGGGGACGAGAUCAUGCUGUUCCUAAAUGUCUUCAAUGGAGCCCUGAUCCUGCACCCAGAGGACAGUGCCUUGCUGAGGCAGUACGCUGCCACUGUCAUCAACACCGCUGUGCACUUCAACCAUCUCUUCUCUCUCAGUGGGUACCAGUGGAUCCUCCCCACCAUGCUGCAGGUGUAUGCUGACUACGAAAGCAACCCACAGUUACGCCAAGCGAUUGAGUUUGCCUGCCGCCAGUUCUACAUUCUGCAUCGCAAGCCCUUUGUUCUGCAACUGUUUGCCAGCGUGGCUCCUCUGCUGGAGUUCCCUGAUGCUACAAACAAUGGACCCAGCAAAGGAGUGUCAGCUCAGUGCCUGUUUGACCUGCUUCAGUCCCUAGAGGGAGAUACACCUGACAUUUUGGACAUCCUAGAGCUGGUGAAAGCAGAAAAGCCUCUCAAAUCAUUAGAUUUCUGCUAUGGGAAUGAGGAUCUGACCUUUUCUAUCAGUGAAGCCAUCAAGCUGUGUGUAACUGUGGUGGCAUAUGCUCCUGAAUCAUUUAGAAGCCUCCAGAUGCUGAUGGUCCUGGAAGCACUGGUUCCCUGUUACCUGCAGAAACUGAAGAGGCAGACCUCACAAGUGGAGACGGUGCAAGCUGCUCGCGAGGAGAUUGCUGCUACUGCUGCUCUUGCCACUUCCCUGCAGGCCCUCUUGUAUAGCGUGGAAGUUCUCACCAGGCCCAUGACUGCCCCUCAAAUGAGCAGGUGUGACCAAGGCCAUAAAGGAGCCACAACAGCCAACCAUACCAUGUCAGCUGGGGUGAAUACUAGGUACCCGGAUCAAGGAGCCAAACUGCACUUUAUCAGGGAAAACCUUCACUUGCUGGAGGAAGGCCAGGGUCUCCCCCGGGAGGAGCUGGACGAGCGAAUUGCUAGGGAGGAGUUCAGGAGGCCCAGGGAAUCCCUACUGAAUAUCUGCACUGAGUUCUAUAAGCACUGUGGCCCUAGGCUGAAGAUAUUGCAGAACCUGGCUGGAGAGCCCAGGGUGACUUCCCUGGAGCUGCUGGAUGUUAAGUCUCACAUGAGGUUGGCAGAAAUUGCACAUUCCCUUCUGAAGCUGGCACCUUAUGACACCCAGACGAUGGAAAGCCGCGGGCUCCGGCGCUACAUCAUGGAGAUGCUGCCCAUCACCGACUGGACAGCCGAGGCCGUGAGACCUGCCCUUAUCCUCAUCUUAAAGCGAUUGGAUCGUAUGUUCAAUAAAAUUCACAAGAUGCCUACUUUGAGGCGACAGGUUGAGUGGGAGCCUGCCAGCAAUUUGAUUGAAGGGGUUUGUUUGACACUUCAGAGGCAGCCAAUCAUAUCCUUCCUGCCUCACCUUAGGUCACUGAUCAAUGUCUGUGUCAAUCUGGUGAUGGGAGUAGUAGGACCCUCCAGUGUUGCUGAUGGAUUACCCCUUCUUCAUCUCAGCCCUUAUCUCUCGCCACCUCUGCCCUUCAGCACAGCUGUUGUCCGGCUUGUAGCAUUGCAGAUACAGGCUUUGAAAGAAGAUUUUCCCUUAAGCCAUGUGAUCUCCCCAUUCACCAAUCAGGAGAGAAGAGAAGGAAUGCUUUUAAACCUACUGAUUCCGUUUGUGCUCACAGUAGGAUCUGGAAGCAAAGACAGUCCCUGGCUGGAGCAGCCUGAAGUCCUUUUGUUGCUCCAGACUGUUAUUAACAUCCUUCUGCCACCUCGGAUCAUCAGCACUUCCCGCAGCAAGAACUUCAUGAUGGAGAGCUCCCCUGCGCACUGCUCCACCCCAGGGGAUGCUGGGAAAGACCUGCGCAGGGAAGGGCUCGCAGAGUCCACCAGCCAAGCGGCUUACUUGGCCCUGAAGGUGAUCCUCGUGUGCUUUGAGCGCCAGCUUGGCAGCCAGUGGUACUGGCUGAGCCUGCAAGUCAAAGAGAUGGCCCUGCGCAAGGUGGGAGGGCUUGCCCUCUGGGACUUCCUGGAUUUUAUUGUUCGCACCCGGAUCCCUAUCUUUGUGCUUCUGCGGCCCUUCAUUCAGUGCAAGCUGCUGGCCCAACCCGCAGAGAAUCACGAGGAGAUGACUGCCCGACAACAUAUCGCUGACCAGCUAGAGAGGCGCUUCAUACCACGCCCUCUGUGCAAGAGCUCCCUCAUCACAGAAUUCAACAGCGAGCUCAAGAUCCUGAAGGAGGCAGUGCAUAGUGGGUCAGCCUACCAAGGGAAGACCUCCAUCAGCACCGUGGGCACUUCCACCUCUGCGUACCGCCUCAGCCUCGCUACCAUGUCCCGCUCCAACACAGGCACCGGCACCGUCUGGGAGCAGGACAGCGAGCCUUCCCAUCAGGCUUCGCAGGACACUCUGAGCCGCACGGAUGAGGAGGAUGAAGAAAAUGAUUCAGUGAGCAUACCCAGUGUGGUAAGUGAACAGGAAGCCUACCUUAUGGGUGCCAUUGGGAGGCGGCGGUUCUCCAGCCAUAUCUCCAGCAUGUCUGCACCUCAGGCUGAGGUGGGCAUGUUACCCAGCCAAAGUGAACCUAAUGUCCUCGAUGACUCCCAGGGCCUGGCCGCUGAGGGCAGCCUCUCUAGGGUAGCAAGCGUGCAGAGUGAACCUGGACAACAGAAUCUUCUUCUUCAGCAACCACUAGGAAGGAAGAGAGGCCUCCGGCAGCUACGAAGACCUCUUCUCUCACGUCAGAAGACCCAAACUGAACCUCGUAGCCGUCACGGGGCUCGACUUUCAACUACUCGUCGAAGUAUACAGCCAAAAACAAAACCAAGUGUGGAUCAAAAGCGAUCAGUGACUUUCACUGAAACUCAGCCAGAGGCAACAACAUCUUCAGCAACAGAUGCUACACCGGUCCCAGCCCUGCAACCUAGCUGCAGCAGAAGCAGCCCUGCAGAAGUCAGCAAGCCGGAAGCUGUGAAUAAACCUGUGCUGACCUCCUCACCUGCCAUUGUUGUCGCUGAUCUCCAUAGCCAAACCACCAGCCAGAGUGAGGCGCUUCCCACUGAGAAGGAAAAAGAAACAGAGGAGGAUUUGGAGCCCCGGCCAGCACAAGCACAUAGUACCCCACCCACACAGCUCUCUGAUACAGAGGACUUUGCAGGCCUUGAGACAACCAGCUUACUGCAACAUGGAGACACUGUCCUUCACAUCAGCGAGGACAAUGGGAUGGAGAAUCCCCUCCUUACCAGCCACUUCAGCUUCACGCAUGUUGAGCUUGGUGAGACUGAUGUUGACUUAGAUGAGUCCCAUGUUUAA